UACUGGAUUAAAGCGAGAUCAAUUUUGCAAUAUUUGUGAAACUGCAGCUAAAAUAUGGCAAGAAUUAGGCUAUGAUAAAGCAUUAUAUAAAGAUCUACUAAUAAAACUUCGUGCUUAUAAACAUAAAGAGAAACUUUAUACUCAAAUGUUUAAUAUGGAAAGAAAAUCAUCAUUAAAAUG